GUAACACUUUCUGUCCUGCCUUGGUGUUAAUAUUUACCCGCUGGUUAAUCUCGGGGGAUCUGGUGUCUGACUCUGUACCGUGCGCAGGACAACUUUCCAAAACGUUGGGAGGUGUGUUUGAAAGCUGUGGCAAUGUUUAUAGAGACAAGUUAAAAGUUUCGUGUCUUUUUAAUCUCCGACACCGAGAGCGAUUCCUGCGAUGGCUCCAGAGCUGCUGACUGUCCUAGUGGCUUCAGGGUCCUGUGUGGCAUUUUGUUUGGUGAUCCUGAUGCUGGUGGUGGCCCUGUACAGAAAAGAUCCUCUGUGCUGCAGAUUCAGACCUUCCACAACAGAGCACUACACAGAUGAUCCUCCUCAUUACCACAGCAGGCACUCUUUGAUUGGCAUCGCUAAUGAGCACAGUGCUGCCAUGAACCAGGGAGCUACUGGAGCACAGCUUCCCGGAAGGCUGUUCAUAAUAGGGAAGCCAAAUGACUACCACCUGAAUGGGGCUCUGCCGAGGCUGCCUUCCUAUGAGAGCGUUCGUAAGAAGGACCGGCAGAGACAUAUCCACAGUAUGAUCUCACAACGCUUUGGCCUCAGUGGCUGCCGUGAUGAGCCUCCACCAACGUAUGAAGAGACCCUUCGCCAGUCCAUUGACAUUUUACCUGUGAAUCUGCACUCCCUGGAUGAUCACCUGUCAAUGCACCCCCAAGAUCACUCCUCAAACCUCACUGAAGACACACACAACCCCAUUCAACCACCCACACCGCCACAGGGACCAACUUCCUCCCGAUGCCCAGCACAUAGUUCCACGUUUCUGUCAAUCUGAAAGUCUGCUGUCAAGCCACAGCAUGAGGAAAGGGGCUACUUUUGUUCGAGCCAAGCGAGUGACGCCAUCAGGCACAAGAGAAGAGUUUCUGGAAGAGCUGUUGAUAGAUCUCUGUGAUCCUUCUUAGAGGUAUUCUCAUGAUAAUGACUCUGGCUAUACACUCCACAAGGGUGACAAUGACACAGCUCUGCUUUGUCCAUUCAAUUCCUGGCAGGUUUUACAUUGUGUUUUUCCAAGAAUGGCAUAAUGGGAGGAUGGAUUUAAAGGCUUGACAAAUGUGAUUCCUUAGAGAAAAUCAGGUUAUUUUUGUUCUGAAGACUUUUAUUCCACAUGUUUGAAUUCAGCAGAUGUUAUAUUAAUUAAAUCCUCAGUGCCUCCAUCAGUCUUUCAUUACUCAGUCUUUUCAGAAACCUCUGAAACAACAUUUAGAUCAUCAUAUGAUACCAUGGAUUUCCACCAACACCCAGUAUGAUCUCACCCUUUUAGGAUUAAUAAUUCACUGCAUUGAUAGAAUUGUGAGGAAAAAAAAUUGAUUAGCUGUUAAAUGUAGUCACAGAAAGAACCCCAGUAGAGACAGUGGCACUUUUUGGUUCUGUUCUAAUUAAGAAAACCUCAAUUCCAUCGACAUUUGUAAUAACGCAAGCAACUAAAAAUUCAGCUUUAAAAAUAGCCUUACUCAACAGUACGUCACAAGGUAACAAUAUUGUUAUUAUGGGAAUAUUGUGGGUAUCCAGUAGUGUUUGGUCAAUAUUCCUUACUUUAGAGGCCUUUAACAAGCCCCAGUUUUGUGAGCUCAGACAUUUCUGUAAACAGCGGGACAGAGAGGAGCAUGAAAACGUGUAAGACAGCAAAGAUGACAGCUAAAAAGACAUGGACAAAACCAACUUGUGAUGACAUGAGUGCUCGUACAGCCAUUCCUGUAAAUUUUCAUAAGAGCAUAAGUUUUUGCGUAAAUUUAAAGUCAUUUUUGACUAACUUUGUUAGCUCACAUUUCUGUAUUUAACAAUAAAUGCGAUGGAUGGAUGCCGAUUUGUCUUAAAAUGUGGACCGUAAACCCCAGGACCAUGCCUGUCUAUAGACAAGCUGCUUCAUCUCAGCAAGUGAGAUACACAUUAGCAGCUCAGUGAUGCUAUAGGCUACUUAGAGACAAUGAUGCUUUGAGCGAAGUGCUAACAUAAGCAUGCUAACAUGCUCAAAGUGCCUUAACAUGCUGAUGUUUAGCAGGUAAUGUUUACCAUGUUCAACACCCUAAUUUAGCAUGUUAGCAUGCUAACAUUAGCUUAUUAGCACUAAACACAAAGUACACCUGAGGAUUAUGAAAAUGGCAUUUGGUCAAAAACCAAAAUACUGAACCAAUUAAAAGUCAUCAGAGUGAUUACAGUUUGUCUUGUUGGAGACACAAAUGUUUGAAACAAAUUAAAUGGCAAUCAAUCAAAUAGUUAUUUAGACAUUUCACUUGAAGGUCAAUUUGCAGGUGGCACUAGAGGAAAAGUCAGGGGAUCAUUAAAAUCCAUGGGAUUCAUCAUCUGGGAACCAUGAAUAUCUGUACAGGGUUUUGUGCCAAUUCAUCAAGUAGAUUUUAAGAUAUUUUACUGGACAGGUGAAAAUUUUGACCUGCUGAUGGCACCAGAAAAUAAGUCAGGGAAUCAACUUAAUCAUUAGGAUUCAUCCAAAGAGCACCGUGAACAUCUGUACCAAAUUUCAUGGUAAUGCAUCCAAUAGUAGUUGACUCAUUUAACUAAAAGCUACAACUAUUAACCUGUUGGUAAUGCUUGAGAAAAAGUCAAGGGAUCACUAAAGUCAAUGGGCUUCAUCCUCUGAGAAUCAUAAAUGCGUGUACAGUGUUUCAUGCUGAUCAGUCCAAUAGUUGUUGUGAUGUUUAAGUGGUGGACCAAUAGACUAACUGACAGACAAGCUGACAUUUCCAACAGUAGAAACCAAAAAUAAUGUCAAUGGGUGUUGAUAUUUGGAUGACUUUAGGUUGUCAGGUGACCAAAUUCCAACGUCAGGACAAAGUCUAAUGUCAUCGUCAAUUUGACGUGGAAAACUGACGACAUAUGACAUUGAUAUUUUGUUUGUUUUAAGUUGUGUUAUUAAGUAACCAAAUUCCAGCAUCUUUCAAAUGUUGCACACCAGUGUCAUCUUGAUGUAUAAUAACAACAUUUGGUUUUAAGGUAUGGGAAUCAAAACCCAAAGUCUGCAAAACGUCAUAAUGUGAAUGUCCCCACAACGUGACAUUUAAACAUUGUUAGACACUCAAAAUAUUGUCAACCUGAUUUUCAUUCUAACCUAACUUUUAUGUCCGUCCAGUGUAAGGGUUCAGCAUCUUUCCAAUGUCAUAUUGAUGUCUGAUGCCAGGUUAGCCUAAGAAACUUGGUUUCACUCUGGUAGAAGUUUCUUUGGCAAGACCAAGCAUUGCUUAAACAGUGACAGUGUUUGGCCUGCACUCAUCAUCAGUGACUGUUACUCACAGUUUGAGAGGUAAAGUACGACAGCACAGUUACUAUUUAACCCAGAUCAAACACUAACCACAGAAAACACAAACCAACCAUAACCAGGAAGCAUCUGGGAGAACUAGACUACACUUUGCUGCUUGUGGAUCCACUGAUGACCUGCACCGAUACUUGCCUGGACUGAGAACCAAAAAUGCAGAUCUCACACAAUUGUCAGUGGCUAUUCAGUAACUUCAUGACUCAUUUUUUUGUUUCUAAAGAGGAAAAACACAAACAGUGUAACAGAUACCAAAGAAUCAAAUUGCUCACACUUGGUUACUUGAUGCUGGUUUAUGGAAGUGUUCAUCAGUUUAUCCUCGGUAUAUUAUCCAAUCAGACUGUGGAGUGCACAGCAACCCACAAACAGUGAUGUGCCCUCCACCAUCUAAGACAUAGAAUGCCAUGUCUGCAAACUCCUCACAUCCAUCAUUCGUUCUGCUUCAUGACAGCGUUUCAACUUACUAAGCCUUACCCACACUUACCCACACUCCCCCUGCAUACCACAAGCCUCUGAAAUACAGCCGUUCCCAUUUAUCUCCUAAUUCCUGUUCAAAGCUCGUUCAAAGAGAUGCUGAUAAGCUCGUACCAUUCACAACAAAUUUUACACAGGGAUUGUUGAAGGACACUGGCAAUCAUCAAAGGGCUCCUUUUAUCCAAGUUACGGAGUAAUCAUAAACCUUAGGAAGUAUAAUUCUUAAAAGGAAACUACGGCCAUUUUCAAAAUCCAUACAUGUUGUUCCUAUGGACAAAGACAGUCCAACAGUAUUAUUAAACAUGAAAAACUCUCUCUGCUAUCCAAACACUAGAGUUAAAUUUGCAGUGUCAUCAAGUAUAAAGUCUGGAGCUGCUCCAUGGACAAUUAAUUGGGAAAGACUUUACAGAUGACAAUGAGAGCACCCAGGGGAAUGUUCUGAAUAUAUGGGUACAUUUUCUGUUUUACAACUGUGAACACUACAAUAGAAUAAAGCUCAUUUGGGUAUAAAGAAGACAACAAGCAAAAUCAGGCUCCUAUUCAUCGUCUAGGGAGCAGCUCCAGAUUUUAUAUUUAGAGAUACCUCUCUCUCUUCUUUAAGAGUGAAUCUCAUGUUCACAAAUAUUGAUUGAACUUUCCUAGGCCAUGGAAAUAACAUAAUAGAAUUCUUAAUUUGGGUGGUGUUCUCUUAUAAGAUUGCUUCUUUUUCUGUAACUUUAAUUUAUUAAGAAAUAGGCCUGGAAUGUCAAUAUGUGGAUUCUAACACUAGUAAGCCAAACUGAGGAGCAUAUUAAGUACUGGAGGAGUGAUUGUACGACAUCCUGUGGUCAGUUUUGGUAUUACACCUUUCCAACAAUUUGUUUCCACAUAGCACAUAAACUUGGUUUGAGGUCUUAAUUAGUUCUCUGUAACAUUAAAAAUGUGUAAAUCAAUAUGCAACAAUCAAUGUUAAAGUAAAGAUGAAUAUUCAUAAAUGAUAAAUCAAUAUUUUAACACUCAUAAAGGGGACAGAAUCAUCAGCAUUUCUAAUGCUGCACUGACUAAAAUAAGAAAUGAGACUACAACUAACAAUUACAUCAUUGUUGAUCAAUCUGACAUUUUUGUCUUAAUAAAAUAAUUAAUUCUUUGGUGUAUAAAAUGUCAAUCCAAAGCCCAAGAUGGUUUCCUAAAAUGUCUUGUUUUGUCCACAACCCAAAGACAAUUCAAUUCACUGUCAGAGAAUUACGAAAGUGAAAUCAAAAGAUACAGACAUUUAAGCUAGAAUUUGACUUUUUAUCUUAAAAAAUACUUAGACAAAUUACUUGAUUAUUAAAUUAGUUGGUGAUUAAUUUCAUAGUUAAUCUAGCAUCCUCUCACUGAUUUUAAAUGUGUGCACAACUCUGCAGUGUUGAGUGUAUCUGAUUUCAUCUUCUGUCAGUAAUUUAACAUGAUUGAUCGUGACAUGUGCGGGGUGUUUUUAUGUGUCAUGGCUGAUGGGCAGCUUUCAUGUGUGGUUGUGUACUCUGUAAUUAUUGUGUGCAGAUUUGGAAGUCAGAUAAACGAGUCUCAACAACCAGCUACUGCAGUGCACCUCCAAAACGCUCUGUCAGUUCAGCAGCUUCCCUCUCAUCAUUUCUGCUUUGCAUGAAAACUGAGCUCAGACAAACCAACAAAUACAGUAACAUGUCAUGUGAAAUAACAUAUGGUUCAUGUAGGACCCCAUUGCCUAUGGUAAAAAGUAAAAAAAAAAAAAAGAAGAGAAGAUUUCUGGCAUUUUUAAGGAAUAUGUCACCCACAAACUGACCAUUUGCAUAUCAAUUACUCACCCUGUGUUACGCUGAAUAUGUGAAGAAAAUUUUGUUUUUCUCAAAUGCCUCCACGGUGACUGAAGAAUCCGUAAAUGGAGAAAAUGUUUAAUGAAUUGAAGUAAAAGGGAAGUACUGAGCAAUACAACUGGAUAAAUGACUUGGAUUAUACUGCACAAGUUAUGAGAGUUUGUAAACAGAUGUUUUUAAUAUAGUGUUGCUGUUAAUGCGGACCCCUUUAUUUCAAUUCAUUAACAAUGUUCUCUGUUUUUAGAUACUUUGCUUACCAUGGAGAAAAAAAG